UUGCCUUGCAGGAUACAGACUACAGUCUAAUACAGAAUACACAAUACAGAAUGAUAGAUUCAAAAUACAGGAUAAAGGAUACAGAUUACAGUGAGAAUUAAAAGUAGAUAUACAGGUUUUAUACCAUCACUUUUUUUGUAGAAUUUACUUGUUUAUAUACAAAUUUUACGAAAGGAACCGACCAAAGAAUAGAAUACUUUAACUUGGAAGUAAUACCUUUUUUGUUAAUUUCUGUUGUACUAGAAAGCAGGAAGAUUUAGAAAGCCUCAAGUUGAUGAUUUUUUUAUUAUUUAUUAUUUCAGAAAAAUGAUCAGUAAACUGAUUCAGCAUUAAAAGUUCUAACAAAGUUUUUAUCUAAUUCGUGAACAAUAAAUAAAAUGGUCCGGUUCCGGAUCAUUUCUAUUUUCCUCCUAUUUCUCCCAGUUUCUCCACUGUACAGUGAGAUUAUCUCCGUGGUACAAGGAGAACAGGGAAACCUCCAGACCUGGAGUUGUAAGUGGAUGGAUUACUCAGGCAAACUUUACAAAGAAGUUUAUUCAAACUGGUUGGAACUAUUUAGUAAUGAACGUUAUGAAGACGACCUGCAGGCGGUAGGAGCAGGACUAGCGGAGGGAUAUCUAACUAGUCAACUCAUUCUACACUAUUAUAAAGAGUUUAUCGCUAAAGAUUUGUGUAUACCGGAUCCAAAAUUUUGUACCUGGGUCCUGGAAAUCCUUCACACAAACAAAAAGUGGGCCCUGGAACAAGAGGUUUCAAAUAAAACAGACUACUGGAAGAUGGUCAGAUUGUUUUACAAACAAAUGGAAGGAAUGAAGCAAGGGUUGAAAAUGAAGAAUCCAGAUAAGACUGGUUUGGAACUGGUUGAGAUGAAAUAUGAAGAUAUUGUUCUUCUGAUCAACUUUUUACCAAACUUAGGAGAUUUUUUACAAAAAUACAAAUCCGAGAAAAGAAAGGUAUCCUUUCCGUCCUGCUCAGCUCUAGGAUAUUUCAUGGUUCCAGGUAUCCUUUCUGUCCUGCUCAGCUCAUGGUCCAGGUUCCAUAUUUCUUGGUUCCAGGUAUCCUUUCCGUCCUGCUCAGCUCUAAUCCAGGUUUUAUAUUUCUUGGUUCCAGGUAUCCUUUCCGUCAUGCUCAGCUUUAAUCCAGGUUUAUCCUUCAUGGUUUCAGGUAUCCUUUUCGUCCUGCUCAGCUCUAAUCAAGUUUUUAUAUUCUUGGUUCCAGGUAUCCUCUCCGUCCUGAUCAGCUUUAAUCCAGAUUUUAUUCUUCAUGGUUCCAGGUAUCCUUUUCGUCCUGCUCAGCUCUAAUCCAGGUUUUAUAUUUCUUGGUUCCAGGUAUCCUUUCCGUCCUGCUCAGCUCUAAUCAAGUUUUUAUAUUCUUGGUUCCAGGUAUCCUCUCCGUCCUUCUCAACUCUAAUUAAGGUUUAAU